AUGGAAAUGGAAAAGCUUUUGCAGAUAGGCAAAGAAUUUGGAUUGGAGGGAGAAAAGCUGCUCGAGUUUGUAGAAAAACAACAAAAGUUAGAAGAAGAAAAGGAAGAAAAACGUAGGCAAUUAGAAGAGGAAAAAGAAGAAAAACGUCGAAAACUUGAGGAAGACAGAAGAAAGGAAGAAGAAGAGAAAGAAGAAAGACGUAGAAGAGAAGACGGAGAAAGAGAAACUAGGCGGCAAGAACGCGAACUGAGAAAAUUAGAGCUGGAAGCAGACCUGUUGAAGCAGAAAGAAGCUAUUGAAGCCGCUAAGAGAGAGCAUGAAGUAGAGCUCGCUCGUCUAGGACAAGGCCGUAACGUUGCCGAACACCCUGAAGUGAGAGAGGAUAGGGCCAAGGCACCCAAGCUUCCCUCAUUUGUUGAUGGCAAGGACGACUUGGAUGCUUACCUACAACGAUUUGAGAGAUUUGCAACCACAGCUAAAUGA